AUGUCAAAAUAUUUUCCACGACUAUUUGGUCAAUCAUCUGUAAUCGAUUCUUUCGAUGCCCUUAUUGAUAAUAUUCGUAAUCAGCUUUUCAUCACUACGGAUAUUUCACCACAACAAAUAAAGAAUGAAAUUGAAAAAAUGGUGCAAAAAUUCUUCAUUCAACUUAUUCCGCCAACGUUUCUUUGCAUAACAACAGGUCCAUGUAAAUCAGUAUCACAGUCAUAUGCUAACUGCUUGCAAAAUAAUUCACCGUUUUGGCGUGCAUUCUUCGGAAUGGAACCCGGUAAAAUAAGUGUCAUUUUAUGGCAAACAAUUAUGAAAUAUCGCUUAAUGGAAAGUACCAUCGAUAAAUUACACAGAUUAGCUAUGGAAGUUGAAGUUGUUAAUAAUUCAUGCAUAAUACAGCAUGCAAAUAUGAUGACAACUUGUUCAUCACUUUGUAUUCCAAUGAAAAAAGAAAUAAACGAUUACUGCAGUGAUGAUUGCAAGCAUGUAAUGUAUGAAUGUUUGCAUGAAAGUGCAAGUGAUUGGGAUAGUUUUAUACCAAUUUUGCAAAAAUUGACUGUCAAUUUCGACAAAGGUUUCGCUGAGCUUGAAAAAGGUAUCAUUCGAUCAAUUUCAUAUGCAAUGGAAAUGAAAGCUCCAGUGAUUGCUAAAACAGUACUAAAGAAAUGUGGUCGAAUUAAUUUUGCUAAAACACCAGAUACCAUUCGACAUAUUGAUUACCACAAGCCGGAUCCUGUACAGCGACGAGCAGUAUUCAUGAUUCGACAGUUUACGAUAUAUGUUGGUUGGUGGCGACAACUUGUCAACAAUAUUUGUAAUCAUCCAUUACGAACACUGGAAUGCUGGAACAAUACUGUUUCUAUUGACGUUAGGUAA